AGGCCCUUGCUUUCAUUCCACUUCAGACAAUGAAUCUAGUAACGUUUCCAUUAGCGUAUGCUUCUGGGAUCCCAGAGCCAACUCUGCGACUCCUCAUUACCUUGGCGCUCGCCUAUCCCAUUGCAGCCUACUAUCAGCGAACGCUACUCAAGCCACUUGCAGCAGGUGCUUCAAAGGAACGCAACACGUACUUGUUGGUCAGUGGACUCGGCCUUUCCUUUUUCUUUAAUGGAUUUCAAAUUUUCCAUUCCUUGAUCACGGUUCUCGUCACGUACGGCAUCCUCUGGUUCGCGGAUCAACUGCAUGAUCGAAAGUCGGGAGCAAUAGGCGUCUUUGUCUUCAAUGCCUUGUAUCUGUUGCUAGGAUACUGGGCAAAAUCAGGCGACGGCUAUGAAAUUAAUUGGACCAUGUCGCAAUGUGUUUUGUGUCUGCGGUUGAUGGGACUAGGUAUAGACGUUUAUGAUGGACGUGCAGAAACAGGACAGCCUAGUAAACCACCACCUGGAGCCCAGAGCGUGGCGGAUGACGUAAAGGCCAAGCGAGUCCCACUAUCAUUUGGAUCCGAUACAGCUCUAGAGACACUUCCAUCACUAUCUCACAUAAUAGCUUACAGCUAUUUUCCAUCGGCAUUUUUGAUUGGACCACAAUUUUCGUAUUCACUCUACAAAAAGUUCAUAACCUUUGAGCAGUUCGAUAGCUUGUCUCCUAUUAAGCUCGAAAAUGCAAAGGUAUCGCAAAGAAAAUAUGUCGAAAGGUGCGCCACAAUCGCUGUUGGAUACUUGGUAGUUCAGCAAAUCGUUGGUAGCCAAUUUCCAACCAGCUAUCUAUUGACAUCUGAGUUCGCUUCACUGAACAUUGUUAAGCGAUUGGUUAUCUUUUGGAUUACGGGCAAAAUGGUUUACAACAAAUACCUUGGAGUUUGGACUCUUACAGAAGGUGCUUGUGCCCUUUUUGGUAUUUCUUAUGCUGGUACCAACAAUGACCAAGCAGAUUUUUCCGGUUUGGCCAACGUAGCUCCAAAAGUAUACGAACUAGCCACCUCUACCAACCAUGUGAUUGCAUCAUUCAACAUGAAUACCAACCUCUGGGUCAAGAUAUACAUUUUCAAGCGGCUGAAGUUCUUGAACAACAAAUCAAUCUCGCAAGCCGCAUCAUUGGCUUUCCUUGCCAUUUGGCACGGAUUCCAUCUUAACUACUUUUUGACAUUCCUUAUGGAGUUUUUAGACGUCGAAGCCGAAGGUGUCCUUGUCAAGUUCCUCGGUCCUCUGAUUCAGCCACACAUUCAAAGCAACCCUAAUUUGCAGAUGGCUUGGAAGGCAGUAGCAUGGCUUGCAUGCACUUUCACAGUCAAUUAUGCCAUUGUGGGUUUUGAUCUGUUGUUAUUCAAAAAAGCUUGGGUAGCUUACAAAAAUGUUUGGUUUCUCGGGCAUAUUGCUGUCGCUGCUAUUCUGUUGGCCGGCACCUAUUAUAAACCGCGGCGAUCGUCUGUUAAAAAAACCGAGUAAUUCAACGAACCGUGUUUUUCGUCUCCAAACAAAAAAAAGGACAAAUAAAUACAAGAAGCAAAAAAGGGUAAAAAGAGAAGAAGUCUGAGUGAUCUAAUGCCUUCGUUAUGUUGAUGUUAAAGACAAGUAUAUGGCCAUUACAUGGUGUAGUGGUGAUGAUAUCGUAGAAGAUGACCUAUGUUUGCCGGCCAACUUAGCAUUGAAUGUUUAUAUUUGGCAUAAGUCA